UCAUUGAGUGUGUUCAGUUAGUGCAUGUGCAGUGAGCAUAUGCACAUGUGCUGGGCUGGGGAAUUAUUCGCUCAUUUGUUGGAUUUCAAAGUCCGUCUCCCUUCUGCUGCUGAGAGCUUUUUUUGUACUCUGUGAGAACUUUCCGCUCCAGGCACUGCAGCUUCAUGUUUACAUUGAAAACUACUGAUGUGGAUUCUGCGGGAUGCCUGGACAGAUUCAAGUCUUUUAAAAAAGAGAAGAAACAACUUUGAUUGACUGGUGACUGGCACCGCAUAACUUGCUGAUGCAGAAGGAUAGGAGCGGAACACGGGACCCUCUCUGGAUCUGAAAAUAUGUCAACCUUGCCAGUCUUGGCUCUUAAGCGCUUGGACUAAUUGAAGCCCAGUAACUGCAUCUUUCUUGGGGAGUUCUUUGGUGAUGGUUUCUUGGACGGAGCAUUCUUUCCUGGGCAGUGGUUAAUGAUGUUGAUUUAAGAAUUACCCAGACGAGUGCCAAGAAAUAAUCAUCCAGUUGAAGUAUUUCUGCAUGUUCUAGAGUGUAGAGGAUAAUUUUUUUUCCCGUGGCAGCAUAGACACUUCAUGUUCUAAUUCUUUGUAAAAAAAACACCAUCUUUGGGAAAGCAUCUUGAAACUGAAAGCCUGCAUCAUCCAUGAACUUGCAUCAUCCGUGUCAUCGCUGCAACUCUGUUUACUGAAGAAACAUUAUUAUUUCUGUACUCUUGUCUGGAAUAACCUGCAGAAAAAGCUGAUGCUUUUGAAGGAUUUGCUCAAGGAGUAGAUUUAACUCAAGGAGGAAAAGGAGGCUCUCCUAGGAGGCAAGAUGAGUGUAGCCAACUCGUUUCUUUUGGAUAGAUACCUGGAGGAGCUGAGGCAUAACAUGGGCAACAGUGGCAAGGCCACCACAGACGAAGUUUUGCUGCUGCGUGAACAGCUACGGAACCUGAGCUUGGAGAUGAUGACACUGAAGCACGCCCUCAAUGCCAAGACAAUGGCGACAGGCCCGCCACUCACCACGACAAAUUGUAAUGCAUUCACGCACAUUGUGCCAUCUCCAAUGCAAGAUCCCAGCUACUUUGAUGCCUACCGAGACCAGCGUUACUCAUCCUCCACGCACAGUCCCAGCUGUUACAGUGGCUGCUCUUGCUCCCCGCCAUCCUCUGGAAAGGGAAUAGCCUUGACCUUUGACCCUUACACCGACCUGCAGGAUCUUAUUCAGAUGUCGGGGCCAUUGACGGAGGAGGCAGUGCUGAGAGCAUUGAGGCAUCGGUGGCACAGCGGAGAAUGUCAUACGAGGGUUGGCCCUGUACUUGUCAGCAUCAAUCCGUACCGCGGGGUACCGUUGGAGCAAGUCUUACAGCACAGUCGAACAAACCAAUCACAACACAUCCACAGAUUAGCAUCUCACGUCCUGAAGCAGCUUAUAGACACGGGCACCUCGCAAGCUGUAAUACUCGGUGGUGAAAGUGGCAGCGGCAAGACCCACACAUCGCAAUGUCUUCUGAGACAACUGUACAGUAUAGCAGGAGGAGGCAAUGAAACAGAUUCCUUCAAGCAUCUUGCAGCAUCCUUUGCGGUCCUUAGGUCCUUGGGAUGUGCCAAGACUGCCAGCAACUCAGACUCAAGUAGAAUGGGUUACUACAUAGAGGUGCUCAUAUCUGACUGUGCUAUUUAUAGAACCAAAGUCCACUGCUAUUGGUUGGAUCAUGCCAGGGUGGUACGGCCGAGACCAGGAGAGAGGAACUAUCACAUAUUUGACCAGAUGCUGGCUGGUCUUAGCCAAGAUGAGAGGGUCAAACUGCAUCUCAACGGUUAUGCUGCACACAACUUAGCCUACCUCAGCAAGUCAAGAACCGACAACACAGACAGAGACAGAAUACGAUUUGAAAGCUGGAAGAGUUCGCUUGCAGUUCUUGGUAUUCCCUUCUUUGACGUGAUGAGAAUUCUCGCUGCUAUUCUACUCCUUGGUAAUGUGCAGUUUGUUGAAGAUGGCGGCUACGAGCUUGACAUCAAAGGAAACAAUGAAAUCAAAUCUGUGGCAGCAUUGCUUGGUGUUUCAGGGGUAUCACUCUACCGAGGCUUGACAACAAGAACACACAGUCUGAAUGGUCAAGUCUUCAAAUCCCUGUGUGAUGCACAGACGGCCAAUCAGACACGUGAUGCUCUUGCCAGAGCUCUGUACUGCCGGACGGUGCUAACGAUCGUCAAACGUCUCAACAGUCUGAAGAGACCCAGUGUCUGUCAUUCAUCUGGCAGUAGUGAUGACACACGGAUAAACGAUGUGUGCAUGAAGCCAGUUCGGCAGUCCUCGCCAGCUCUUUCCAAAUCUUCCACCAACCAAUCCUCCAGCUCACACAGCUCCGUAGGGGAAGGGUUUAUCGGAAUCGUGGAUAUGUUAGGCUUUGAAACAACUCAGUGCAAUAGACUAGAACAACUGUGCAUCAACCACUGCAGCGAGACAUUACAGCAAUAUUACAAUCAGUGUGUGUUCAGGAGAAUUCAGGAUACGUGUAGAGAGGAGAACAUACAUUGCGACGUACGGGUUGAAUACAAUGACAACACGCCAUGUUUAGAACUUCUUACAUCGAAGGAUGCCGGAAUUGUAGGCAUAAUGGAGAAGGUCGGCCUGGAAUCAACAGAUGACCAAAUGUUGAUGCAAAGUAUCAACAAUAAACAUCAAGGCAAUAGUUUUUUUCAAGCAGAGCCCGACCACGAAGACAUGUUCACUAUCAAGCAUUACGCCGGUGACGUCACAUACAAUACCAGUGACUUCCUGCAUGCGAAUCGUGAUGUCAUCAAUGAUGACAUCAUCAGCAUCUUUCAGAAGCAUUCCUGUAACUUUGGCUUUGCUGGCUACCUGUUUGCUCCUGAGCUGAAGGCAUUGCAAGCCACAUCACCUAAGGGUUUUAUGUUCAGAAUCUCGCCGAGUCCACCUCCAGCAGAAAAUGUUGGGAAAAGUGAGGAGACAUCUUCAAGUUUAUCUCAAGACUUUCAUGUCCGACUAGACAGUCUGAUAAGAACACUGCACCAAGCUACUCCGCACUUUGUCAGGUGUAUCAGGUCCAACGAGAGAGAGGAAGCCAACUGCUUUGACAGUGAUGCAGUCCGAAGACAACUCCAUCAUCUCCAGCUACUGGAGACAGUACAACUCAUGGCAGGAGGGUAUCCUCGUCAGAUGAAGUUCCCGUUGUUCGUCAGUCGCUUUCGUUUUCUAGCCAGGCACCGACAGCUGAAAGGACUGAUGGAGAAAGCUCAGGAAGACUGUAAAGUGAUUCUAGACUGUUUUCUGCAAGCCAUGGAUCAGAGUAAACUGCCAUACAUCAGCACAAGAUGGGCGCUAGGAACUAGACAUGUCUUUCUCAGUGAGGAAGCAUGGCAGUGUCUGGAGUGCAUGCGUGACAGCAGGCAGCGCCAGGCAGCAGUCUUGAUCCAAUCCUUAGUCCGACGACGGAUCUAUAUGAAACAAUGGCCCAUGCUCAAAGCAUUACUCAAGACAAAACUCAUCAACAGCAAACGCUUUCAGUGCCUGGAUACUGAACCAAUCUACGAGGGAAUCCAGUCACCACCAUCAUCUACUGGCAAGACGUCUGAACCAGACCGAUGUGAGGCUGGUAUUGUAGAACAGACAUGUAACGUCUAUGGCUUGGAUGUGAACCAUCCACCGCCCAUUCCCAAGAGUCGACCGUACACUGUGUCAGGAGGAAUCAAAGUUGACUUCCCACAAACAAGAAUCAUGAAAUGCAACUUCCCAGAUACAUGUUCUGAGCCAUUGCUUGUGAUCGGGGAACCAGUUUUAGUCACCGGUGUCUCUGCAACAAAAGGUCUACUGGUUGUGGAGCACAAUAGCUGUACGCUGCAUGUACCAUACCAGUUCACACAAGUCAAGACAAAUGGAUUGACAGUCGGCACCAAGAUAUGAAACUGACGAAACAUGUCUCAGCCUCGAAGACUAAUUGGCAACAAUGAGAGCAACAGCUGAGAGAACGGCCAACUGGUUGUCCUGGUUGAUACAAUAUCGGCGUCGUGUGAUUGAAUUGGAUGGCUCACUCAUCCAAAAUGUGGGGCUGGAUAUGGCAGAGUUGUUUAAUUACAAAAAAAGAUGCGAUCGCUUUACAAUGCACAGAUUUGGAUUGAAGGGUUGUUUAUCACAAGUCAAAUCACAAGUCAAGUCAUAAACUAAAUCAACUUGAAACUGUAUAAAGUGUGAUUGGCUUGUGAGUGGCUUGUAAUUGGCUUGUGAUUGACUUGUGAUUGGCUUGUGAUUGGCUUGCAAUUGGCUUGUGAUUGGCUUGUGAUGAUCUGGUAACUACUCUGGUGAAUUGAGGGUGAUUCUUUGUAAACAUACUGAGGAAGUUAUGGUUACUGCCAAAGAAACGUUUGGAAAAAAACAAUCAAAUAUUUAUCACAUUUCCCAAGCACUUUCAAGUACUCCCACCAGCCCACGCCAUGGAAAACUGCUGUAAGAAAAGAACCAGAAAAGAAUGGCUAUUCACUGCAAGUCAUUUCAUGUAGGCCUACAAUAGCCUACACAAUGGGCCGGAGCUAGCCCAUUCAUUGGUAUUACAGGGUUAUCCUAUACAAUAGCACUGCCCAGCUCACAACUGACAGUAAGUCAGUCAGUGAGUCAGUCUGGGCCCAGCAAAACAAUUUACUUCUAGUGGAGCUAUUACAACUCUUGUACAGUAACAGAAUGCCAAACUCAAAAAGUUAUGUAACAGUCACCAAUACAACUGGUGUGUAUCAUAGUUGUCAAGUCUUGUAGAAAGGGAGAUGUUUGGAGCAGGCCCGUAGCCAGGCGAGGGAAAUCAACCGCAGGUCCAUCAUUUCCUUGCGAUUGUGUAUUUCCAUGCAUAAUCAACUGUUUAUGGUAAAAAUGACCUUGCCCUUCCACCACGCUGGCUACGGCUCUGGGGGACGCUUGGUGGCAGCAAGCACACCGGUCCUUUUCUGUUGAUUUUUUUUUUCAUUUUGAACAUGCGCACAUUUGCUUAAACAUGAUGCAAACAAAUGAAAAGGACCAGUGUGUUUGCUGCCACCAAUUGUCUCAAAAGUCUCCUGUUGUAUAAAUCAGAGAACACGAGCUGUAAAGAGGCUUUGUGAGGAAUUGUAAACAUUGUUCUGAUAUUUAUUUUCAUUUUAGAUUAACACUGAUCAAAACUAAGAUUAUUUUAAUCUCAAACCAAUUAACUUGCCAUCAGCAACUUUGUGAAAUGCUUGUUCUGAGUUAACAAAUGCAGUAAUUUUGAUAAUUAAGAUUGCUAAGUCAUGUUUUUCUAUGAGCUUUCAAAUCAAAACAUAUUGUAUCUAGUGAACAACUGAAAAUGGAAAAGUGCAAAAGGGUGCUUUCAACUUGAUAUUUCUUUUCCUUUUUUUUUAUAUGAAAGGUAAACUUGCCAGCUUCAUUUUCAUAUUUUAGCUCGUUUGUAACCAAAUUCUGAUUCAUUUAUUUUUAAUUUAACUGAAAGACGACACAUGAAAUUAAAUGUGAGAAGUUUUUGAACGAAGAUAAAAAAUCUUCACUAAAAGAGUUAAAAACUAAUAACCUUCCAACUUUUUUUAAAAUCAGAUAUGUUGUAUGGCAUAUUUUACAGAUCAGAAUUAACUUUCUGAGUAGUUUUAAGGUGCAUUACUUUGUGUCAAACUGAAUCUCCUCAGCUCACCUAACAAAUUAGGUUUAUCCC